UGUUCUUGUUUUACAGGUAAGAUAAUGGAUUGCUGUGGUCUGCUAACUCUUCAGAAGGAACCAGUUCCUCUGAAGAGCAUUGAGGUGGAGCUGGAGGUGAGGGACCAUGUGGCUACAGUGGUCUCCACUCUGAACUAUGAGAACAAGGAGGACAAACCAUUAGAGGCUGUUUUUGUCUUCCCUCUGCCUGGAGAUGCUGCUGUCUGUCAUUUCAGUGCUCAGAUUGGACAGACACAGAUUGUAGCUGAGGUGAAGGAGAAACAGAAGGCUCGUGAGGAGUAUGAUGAUGCUCUGAGCUCCGGUCAGCAGGCCUUCCUAUUGGAGGAGAGUGAUGAGAGUCCAGAUAUAUUCUCUCUGAGUGUGGGCAGUCUGCCUCCAGGAGAGAGCGCCUCCAUCAGGUUGGAGUACGUCACUGAGCUGGCUGUGCAGGCUGAUGAUGGUCUGAGGUUCUGUCUGCCUGCUGUGAUCAACCCUCGAUACCAACCUCAGGAUAGUGAAGGUGCAGGUUUCCAGGUGACUUCUGUUCCAGCCUCUCUGGUGCCCUACAGUCUGUCUUUUUCUGCCCGAGUGUCCUCUCCUUGUCCAGUCUCUAAAGUAGAGUCCAACUGUUCCCUGGACCCUCUGCAGUACCUCAACACUGAUCAAACCCAGGCCACGGUCAAGCUGGCUGCAGGACACAAGUUUGACAGAGAUGUUGAACUGCUGAUUUAUUACAAAGACGCCCACCAGCCCACUGCUGUGGUGGAGGCAGGACAGGCCUCUGCUGAGCUGGGCUCUCUGAUGGGUGAUCCAGUGGUGAUGGUGAGUCUGUACCCUGAGUUCCCCCAGUCUGUGAUGUCUUCAAAGGCUUCAUGUGGAGAGUUUGUGUUCUUAGUGGAUCGAUCCGAAAGUAUGGACUGUCCUACGAAUAACACUGAGGAGCAGGGAACUCGGCUCAGCAGUGCCAGGGAAACUCUGCUGCUCCUGUUGAAGAGCUUACCAAUGGGCUGCUAUUUCAACAUUUACAGUUUUGGGUCUAGUUAUGAACACAUCUUCCCUAAGAGUGUAGAGUAUGGUGAGAAGACCAUGGAGGGGGCUCUGAAGAAAGUUGAGCAGAUGGAGGCUGAUCUUGGAGGAACAGAGAUCCUGGAGCCCCUCAAACAUAUUUACAGCCAGCCCUGCAUUCCCACUCAGCCUAGACAGCUGUUUGUCUUUACUGAUGGAGAGGUGGGGAACACCAAAGAAGUGAUCGAUCUGGUGAAGAAGAAUUCAUGUUCCCACAGGUGUUUCUCUUUUGGGAUUGGGGAAGGGGCCAGCUCUGCUCUCAUCAAGGGGAUGGCCAAGGAAGGAGGAGGUCACACUCAGUUCAUCACAGGGACUGACAGGAUGCAACCAAAAGUGAUGCAGUCGCUGCAUUUUGCUCUGCAACCAGCAGUGGAAGAUGUUUCUGUCACAUGGGAUUUACCAAAGGGAUCCACUGUCACUGUCCUCUCUCCACCAAUCACAUCACUUUUCCAGGGUCAAAGGUCACUAAUUUAUGCCCAGCUCACUGGACAGAGCUCAGAGGCAGCAGAGGGCUGUGUGACGCUGAAGUACAGCCUGGCAGGUCAUCCCUCUGAGAACCAGCUGCACUUCAGUCUCAGACCUGCAGAGGACACUGGCUUAAUAGUCCACAGGUUAGCUGCUCGGACUCUUAUUUGCUUGCUAGAGAUGGAAGCAGAAAACAAUCAGGAAAAAGAAGAAGUAAAGAAGAAGGUGGUGCAGCUGAGUGUCCAAUCAGGAGUGAGCAGUUCUUUCACUGCUUUCAUUGCUGUCAAUAAAGACAACAACAAGGAGAUUCAAAGACCUCUUCUGCACCGGGAUAUUCCAAUGGCUGAAGCCUAUGGUUCCCGUAUUUCGUUCGAUGACAGAUGUUACAUGGAUUUUUGCUGUUUGUACAGCAUGGAUGAAGAAUUUCCACCUGCUAAGAAGCCACUCAGAGACCCUUUGCUGCAGUUAGUCUCCCUCCAGAAGGCAUCUGGCUGCUGGCUGCUUGAUCCAGCUCUGGCUGCUGCACUGGGAAAGACCAACGAGGAGGUGGAAAAGUCAAAGCCUGAAAAGGCCAGCAGUGAAGUGUGGGCCACCAUUCUGGCUCUGAUCUGGCUUCAUGGUUUCAAGAUGGAUGGAAAGGACGAGUGGGAGCUUCUGGCUGCAAAGGCUGUAUCAUGGCUCAGUGCACAAAAAGCACCAUCUGUGACCGAGUGUGUGGAAGCCGGAAAUAUAUUGUUGGGUUGCAGUGUGCAAAAAACUGCCCUUGGCCUCUGAGGUUUUUAUUAAGCUAAUAACGUCUUUACGAUUCAUGCACAGAAGCAGAUUUACUUCAUCCUUCAUCCACAUUAAUCUUUGCAUCAUCCAACUUUAUUAUCUAAUGUGCCUUAUUUUAUGCUGCAUGUGUCCAAAGUCAGCUUUGUAGGAGGACCAGAGAUUAUUGCUUUUGUAUUCUCAUUUUAAUG